UCGCGAUCGUCAGUCUUCAACCGCAAUUCGUUCGGUACAGACGUGGAAGGUACAGGCAAAAACUCCGAGAGAAGUGAAAAUAAACGUAACGUAGAAAGUGACCACAGCGGGGAGAUACAGUUUCGAACUUUGGGUGCACUGUAACUUCUUUUUCUCCUAGUGUAAGUGUCAAGUGAAAACGAAAACAGCGCUUUCUAUUGUAUCGCACGUUUGCCAAAAGUUACUUAGUUCAACCGUUGAAGCCGCACGUCACAGUUUUGAGAUACUUCUGAGCCAACAUCUCCAUCUCCAAGCCGUGCCCGAUAUACCGCUGGAAGGUGGUCUAGUUUCCUGCCGGCAGCCGCGCUUCGAUUGGAGUGAGUCAACCUGAAAAGGCUUGCGCAUGAAAAGUGGUUCAGUGAAAGAGGAUAAGAAACGCGCACAGAAAACAAAACCGCUGCUCCGAGCUUCAAACCGCGUGGAACAACAUCAAAACAGUGAUAAAGGCUAAACACGAAGAAACGAAUCUUGAGAAAGACGCCAACCAGUGAGAUCAAGCUCGGAAACACGUUAUUCCUACACAUAUAAUUAUAUAAUCAGAAUAACGAGCAUCUUAUGGAAGAAAUGGUGUAGAAGAGAAGCAUCGAAGAAAAAAGGGAAAAGUGAUAUUUAUUAUUGAAUAACAACAUAAUUGGUGCCCGAUAUUGGUUUUAAAGCUUGGUGGGGCUGCUGCCCAUGAAAUCAGUGCUCUCAGAAAAGCCUUUUAAAGCUAAGUGAAUGUCAAUGUCCGCAAAGUGAUUAGACGGGUAAUUCGCACUAAUUGAUGCAAAGCUAUUCCAAGUGCUGUGAGAAGACGGACGGUGCGAUAAGAUGAAGAUGCUGUUUCUGAAAUUUAUACCGGUAAUUGCGUUACUGGUGGGACCGAUUAGUGCUCAAGACGAUUCGUUGGCUGGAAGUUUUCUGUCAGGUCUUCUAGACUCAAUAACCAGCACGGAAGAUGCCAAAGGAUGUCCAGGAGUAUGUGUGCAUACGCUAGCGACAUUGAUAUGUUACGAAGUUUUGGAGGAUAUUCCCUGUCCAUCCCCAAGUAUGAGGUGUUGCGUCGAAAGCCAGGCCGCUGCUGCAAACAUUUCGACCACCACUACGAGCCGACCUAGGCCAACAACUACUCCGAAGCCAACCACCACAACCCCCAAGCCCACUACAGAAGGCAAAAUAAAGGAAAAGGAAAAAGAUAAGGACAGUAAAAACAAUUCUACAUGUCCAGGAGUUUGCGUAGCUGACAGAAUCGCAGAAUACUGCGAAGCCUAUUUGAUGACUCCAGGUCUUUGUAAGAGUGGUACAAAAUGUUGUGUUUCCAGGGAUAUUUAUCCGGACAAGCCACCAGCCGAUCUCUAUGUGCCAACAGCACAUUUCGAUAGCAACAAAAAUAAGACUACAACUCCGAAACCGUAUCCCAAAACAACGGAAAAGACUACAACUGAGGAACCUAUAAAGUCAAAGACUAAUCCACCGCCAAAAACGGUGAAAACUACGCCUGCUCCAAAGAUCAAGAUAGCGCCCCCAUCGAAUCCACAAGGAACGGGUCAAAAACCUUGCGAAGGAGAAUGCGUCAAUGGACUGUUCGCACUGUUUUGCGAUGAUGUUGACAGUGAAGCAUUCUGUCCAAAUGAAGGAUCUUGCUGUGUAACUGGAACUGCUGACGAUACCAAACACGAAAUUGUAACGACUACGAGAAGACCAAGUACGCCGCCACCGCUCCGAAGAUGUCCUGGAUUCUGUAUGUUGAAUAUAAUGGCUGCGUUCUGUGAACGGCCCUCGGAGAUCAUACCACACACUGCAAACUGCAAGCGAGGUUCAAUUUGUUGUGACAACACUAAGGCUCCGGUUACGAGACCUGCUCCAAAACGGCCUCCACCGCCCCCAACUACUACAACUACUCAAGCUCCAACCACAACAGCUGCACCCGACCCAAGGGAAGAAUGUCCAGGAUCGUGUAUUGUGAGCUUAUUGAGUUUCACGUGUUUCCGAAAUGCUGAAAUGACUGAUUUAUUCAAAUGUAAAAAGUCCGGAACACAAUGCUGCGCUCCAAAAUCGAAAAUCCAAGAAGUUCAAAUGGCAGCUGGCAAAAUUAAGCCAAACGAUACAACAAACUAUCCACCGCCACCACCACCGCAGAAUGUAGCACAGCCUUAUCCACCUCCACCACAGCCCCUACCGCCGGCACAGCAACCGCAACCACAACCUGGUUAUGGACCUCCCGUCAUGAACAGCUAUCCAGGACCAGUCAGCAAUAACAUUUACGAAAUUCCACAAACUCAACCUCCAGUUCAUCAUCUGUCUCAACCCGUCUACGAACCACUACCCACUACGACCACAUCUCGACCUCAAGUGUACUCGAAAUACGUAUGUGGUGUUAAAGGAACUAGUCGAGGCGCUCGAUCGUUCCUCAGCCGAAUCGAAAUGGAACAUUCCAGCAGUAGACGAUCUGGCCGACAUAUCGAGCUGGAAAGUAUCUACCGAUCCAAAAGCACCGAACGGUUGGUUCUUGGCCACAGCAUUGUGCCCAUUCCUAUUAUCUACAGUGAUCACAACGAUACUGUUCCGGAAGAUUUGAUUCAUCAUCCUAGUAUUUCUAGGACAAACUCAACCACUAGCAAGUAUUGGAACAGUCAUCGCAAGGGCCGAGUUGUCGGUGGAGAGGAUGGAGACAACGGCGAGUGGUGCUGGCAGGUCGCGUUGAUCAACUCUCUGAAUCAGUAUCUCUGCGGGGCGGCACUAAUUGGCACGCAAUGGGUCCUGACAGCGGCGCACUGUGUCACCAACAUUGUUCGGUCUGGUGAUGCAAUAUACGUUCGGGUAGGUGAUUACGAUUUGACUCGCAAAUUCGGCAGCCCAGGGGCACAGACGCUGCGAGUUGCCACAACUUACAUUCAUCACAAUCACAACAGUCAAACAUUGGACAACGAUAUUGCACUGCUGAAGCUGCAUGGACAGGCAGAGCUUAGGGAUGGCGUUUGUCUGGUCUGCCUCCCAGCUCGAGGGGUGAAUCACGCUGCCGGAAAGCGCUGCACUGUCACCGGUUACGGUUACAUGGGAGAGGCCGGACCAAUCCCAUUGCGAGUCCGAGAAGCUGAGAUUCCCAUUGUGAGCGAUGCCGAGUGCAUCCGGAAGGUAAACGCCGUCACGGAAAAGAUCUUCAUCCUUCCGGCGUCGAGUUUCUGCGCCGGAGGUGAGGAAGGGAACGAUGCCUGUCAAGGAGAUGGUGGUGGUCCCCUGGUUUGCCAAGAUGAUGGAUUUUACGAACUGGCUGGGCUUGUGUCGUGGGGAUUCGGAUGCGGACGGGUUGAUGUACCAGGUGUCUACGUGAAAGUAUCUUCCUUCAUCGGAUGGAUCAAUCAAAUCAUCAGCGUCAAUAACCUAUGAUCUGCAGAAUGAAUCGACUAACGCACCACAUCUCCUGAACUACUGUGUAAAUUAAACUAGAACAAUAGUUUAAAUAGAUUCUAGGUAUUUAAUUUAUUUAAGAUAAUUUAUUGAUUUGUAUUAGGAAAAAAAAGAACUAAAUUUUAGUACACUCCUAGAUUUCAACACUACUUCAUCCUAAAAAGGGUUUAUAUAUCUCACACGAAACCAGAUAAUAUAUCUGCCUACAUCGACUACACACUUUCAAAUUUGGUUCAAAUUUGCAAAGAUUUCUUUACCUAAGAGUAUCGUAGUUUUUAUCGUCGCCUGUCGUGGAAGGAUCGAAUUUCAGUCUAAAUUUUAGAGCUACAUGAGUAGUCACGACUGUAAAUUGAAAAUUUAAUUUGAGGUUCAUCUAGUUCAAUAAAUGUUUGUAAGAUCAGA